CCGGAUGUUUCCCCGCUCUCACGGCUUUCUGACAGCUACACGUCGUCCUCAGACGCUCAGGAGAAACGCUUCAUCAAGAGGAAGGUCCUGAGGAAACAUGAAGGGCAGUCGCUUGUCUGUGAUGAAUCCAUCUACAGUGAAGACUCAGCUCCAACAGAUCACUCACUCCACGCACCUCGACAGGAGCGCACUUCACCACCAUGUACAAAAUGUAUAACCCUCAGCUGGACGAAGACAGCAGCGAUGACAGGAAUUCCCUCAACUCCUCCUUUUGGUCUGAUGGAGAGAAGCCGGAAAAGGAGGAGGAGGAGGUUGAAGGAACGGCUGCUGAGGACUCGCUUCAGGAGAAAAACCCUGAGCUGAGCCACCAAAGGAGCGUCGCUGCCGGGGGCUCGGAAGAAGGGAGCAACGAUGAAAAGGAGGAGGGAGAAGAUGAUGGUGACGACGAAGGCGGUGGAAGUUGUAGCAGCAGCUCAGACAGUCCAGCACCGAGUCUGAUGACCUCUGGCUACGGGACGUACCGACCGGAGGAGCAGGAGGGAGGAGAGUACAGAGACGACCACACCAUAACCGAGUUCGACCAGGACAGCCGGGGAGAUCUGUCCGAGGCGAGGGACGACGGAGAGGACGACGGAGAGGACGACGGAGAGGACGACCGCUCUCUCGGCAGCUUCGGCGAAUCCGACGUCGAACCUACGCACGAGCCAGACUUCAGCAAGACUCCAGCGGGUGAGUUAGAGGACGAGCAAACGGUGUCUGGAAACAAACUGACUAGUGCAGCGGCGGAGUUGAAACCUCCUGAGACUGAAGACGAGUUCCUGCUGGAGGAGAAUCGUUCCCAGGAUGAUGAAGAGGAGCCGAGUCUGGAAGAGAAGCUGGAAAACCUUCCUCCGCUGAACGAAGUGGACGAAGAUGUGGACGAGUCUUCAAGCAACAAAGACGUCAAGUUCAUCGACUCUAAAGCGGAUAUGAAGUGGUCGAUGUACAGCAAGAUGUGUGAGGACUGGGAGGGAAACCUCAGACAUAGGAAGGAUGCGACCAGUUAUCUGGAGGAGCGACUGGCCGAGCUUCGCGUGUCCACGUCAGCUCAACGGGACUCGAGCUCCGAGAACGAAGACCGGACGGACCUGAGCGACACCCGGAGCUCGGAGGCCGACGGCGACGGCAUCUCUCUGAGCGCCCUCGAGUCCUACAUCAGAGCCAUGACUCAAACUCAGAGCGAAGGAGACCUGAGGCCCAAACCCAAAUCCUUCAUUCGACCAGUGAUGAGCCAACAAACCAUGAAGAAGACCGACCCAGUGGCCAAGUAUUUCCAGUACAAACAGCUCUGGGAAAUGUUCAAACUCCCCGGAGAGAAGGACAGGAGAUCCCUCCGCUGGGAGAUAAAGGAACGACUCGCCUACCAGCCUCCACCUCCUAAACCUCGGAGGGUUUACGUGCCCAACACUUACGUGGUGCCAACAGAGAAGAAGCGCUCUGCGCUCCGCUGGGAGAUCAGGAACGACUUAGCCAACGGCCUCCUUCCGCACAAACUCAGCUACCGGUUUUAGCCUCUGCACAUUUUAAGAUACCUUUUAAUAAAGUUUUGCAAUGUUUUUUUUUUAAAUCCUUAUUUAUUUAUGACUUCUUGUUGUUUUUUUUACAUAAUAAACACAAAGAAAAACACUUGA